AUGAGAUUUACCCAAUUUGACUCUUUUACUCCGUCCACCUCCUGCCCAAUCUUCGACUUCCACACGGGCAAGCUCGAAAAUUCUUUCACAUUGGAGUCAGCGACGCUUGGCGCGGGGCAGUUCGGCGUUGUGAGGCGCUGCGUCGAGAAUGCAACAAAUCAGGCCUUCGUGUGCAAAACGAUCAAUAAAGACCGCUUGUUGACGUCAGCGGCGAGGGACGAGGUGCGGCGCGAGGUGGCGGCGAUGCGGAGCGUGGCGGGGCAUGCGGACGUGGUUCAACUGCGGGCGGUGUUCGAAGACGAGCGACAGCUCGCCGAUUUUGGAUUCGCAAUUCACAUUCCCCCUGGACAUCGCGCGUGUGGCGUCGCCGGGUCGCCAUUCUACAUGGCGCCAGAAGUACUGACAGGGGAGUACGGGUUGGAGGCGGACGUGUGGUCGCUGGGCGUGGUGCUGUACGUGCUGCUGAGCGGCAGCCCGCCGUUUUGGGGCGCGGACGACAACGGCGUGUUCCGCGCCGUGCUGGAGGUGCCGCUGGACCUGACGAGCGGCGCGUGGGUGGGGGUGUCGGCGGAGGCCAAGGGGCUGCUCCGCUGCAUGCUGCACCGCGACCCGCGCCGACGGCCCUCCGCCGCCAAGCUGCUCUCCCACCCCUGGAUCCUCGUCCACGCCUUCGGCGGCCGCGUCGUGCGCCGCGUGAUCGCCGCGCCCGCGCUCCUGCAGAUCCGCAUGGCGGGACGCGCUGCUGCUGUUCCUCUCUCCGCCUAG